GAAAUCUCAAAGUUCUUCAGCAAAUCGACUGGAAUCGAACGAGCGAGAGCAAAAAUGAACUCAAUGGUGGCAUUAGGGAAGAAAUUCACGAGAAAUAUUCAAGAUCAUAAACGCAGGCUUUUAUCAGCUAAGUAUGAAUUAAGGCGAAAGCUUUACAAAGCGUUUGUUCAAGAUCCUGAACUCCCCCCUGAAAUGAGAGAAGCUCAUCGUUACAAGCUUUCGAAAUUGCCAAGGAACAGUUCAUUCACUCGAAUCAGAAAUCGUUGCGUUUUCACAGGUCGGCCACGUGCUGUGUAUGAGAAGUUUAGAAUGUCGCGUAUUGUGUUCCGUGGUUUGGCUGCUCGUGGUGCUUUGCAAGGUGUUAAGAAAGCUUCUUGGUAGACUUACACCCCAGGAUUACUUCAUUAGGAAUCUACCAAAAGCAUUACUACUGGAUCUCAUAUACUAUAGCCAAGCAGAUUACAGUCGGACUAAAGUUUAUAUUUCAAAAGUUGUCGUAGCUUUUUCAAAUAAAUCGUCAUGCUAUGUUAUGAGACUUCUGCCUUUUCAAAUAUCUAGCUCUUCGGGUUGGAAUGUCUGUAUACUUUUCAUCUCUGCUUCAAGAUUUCUGGAAGUUCUGAAUCUGCUUGGUGGAACCUUGCUAAAGCUUUUCAUUGUCCUGAAACUUCUGAUUUUAUGAGAAGACCUGACUUAUUACUUUGGACUCUAAUUCCAGCUUUGAACUGUUAUCAAGGCAUGCAUCUUCCUCACCAACCCCCCCCCCAAACACACGCACAGUUUUCUAUCGUCUGUUACACUACCCUUCACAGUGCAUGUUACACUGUUUAAAAAUGACAUGUAUCAUCCUACAUUAGUUGUGUUU